GUCACUGUAGCCACGUAAUCAGGGAAGUAGGAAGUUCUGCGCAAAAGCUCUUCAGCCGCAGAAACAGCAGAGUGAGUGUUAUCUUCAUCAACUGUCAUCAUAUUUAACUGAUUUAAUGAGAUGGCUCAGUUUGAGGAGGUAUCCCAGAAGUCCAAGCUGCAUCCUAAGCCGGAGGGGCUGACAUUGCAGUACGGCACAGCUGGAUUCCGCACUAACGCCAAACAUCUGGACCACAUCAUGUUCCGCAUGGGGCUAUUGGCAACUCUGAGGUCCAAAAAGACUAAAUCCACCAUCGGAGUCAUGGUGACUGCCUCCCAUAACCCAGAGGAAGACAAUGGGGUGAAGCUAAUCGACCCCAUGGGGGAAAUGGUGACAGAGGUAUGGGAGGGAUACGCCACACAGCUAGCUAACGCCGAGCAGGACUCUCUCCUCAAAGCUCUGAAAGAUGUAAUUGAGAAAGAGGACAUCAGCAUGAGUGAACCAGCGAGUGUCUACGUCGGCAAAGACACCAGACCAAGCAGUGUCAGUCUUGCUCAGGCUGUAUUGGAUGGCGUUUCCAGUUUGGGAGGCAAAACUCGUGACUAUGGUCUGGUCACCACUCCUCAGCUGCAUUAUAUGGUGUGCUGUUGCAACACAAAUGGCUGUUACGGCAGUCCCACUGUUGAGGGCUACUACCAGAAACUCUCACAGGCUUUCCUUCAGCUCACCCAGAACGUCCCAAAUCGCACCGAUGAUCAGAAGAAGCUUCUGGUGGAUGGAGCCAAUGGUAUCGGUGCAUUGAAGAUGAGAGAAAUGGAGCCGUUUCUACGCUCCGAACUGCAGGUCGUGCUUUCAAAUGAUGGCAGCAACGGGAAACUCAACCACUUGUGUGGAGCAGAUUACGUCAAAGUCCAGCAGAAAGCUCCUCAAGGUGUAUGUAUGGCAGCAGGUGAACGCUGCUGCUCGUUCGAUGGCGAUGCCGAUCGCAUUGUUUACUAUUACACCGACUCUAAGGGCCGCUUCCAUCUCCUGGACGGAGACAAAAUUGCUACUCUAAUCAGCACAUAUCUCAAAGAGCUGCUCACACAGGCUGGGUUGAAUUUACAGAUUGCUGUUGUCCAGACAGCAUAUGCUAAUGGGAGCUCAACCCGCUACUUGGAGGACGUCAUGAAGGUCACAGUAUGCUGUACGAAAACAGGAGUGAAGCACCUACAUCAUGCGGCACAGGAAUAUGAUAUUGGAGUGUAUUUUGAGGCCAACGGACAUGGAACUGUUUUGUUCAGCAAAGCAGCACAGAAACAGAUUUUGGAGCUGGUGAAAGACCAGAACACCAAUGAUGAGAGAAAACGUGCUGUAAAAAUCCUGGAGAACACAGUCAAUCUGAUCAACCAGACGGUUGGAGACGCUAUCUCAGAUAUGCUAGUGAUUGAAGCUGUGUUGGCCAUCAGAGGGAUGUCUGUACAAGACUGGGACGCAAUUUACACAGACCUGCCCAACCGCCAACUUAAAGUCACGGUGUCAGACCGGCGUGUCAUAAAUACGACAGACGCAGAGAGGAAGGCCGUGACUCCAGAGGGUCUGCAGGAGGCCAUCGACUCGCUUGUCAAGAAGUACAAAAACGCUCGGUCCUUCGUCAGACCAUCUGGAACCGAAGAUGUGGUCCGGGUCUAUGCUGAGGCUGACACGCAGGAAAGUGCUGAUAAUCUGGCUCAUGAGGUCAGCUUGGCUGUGUAUCGUCUCGCUGGAGGAGUCGGAGAUGAGCCUAAACCUUUACACUAAUCGUGCAAGCACAUUCAUGCAAGCAGUCAAUGUGAAUUCAUGCAAUCAAAUCAUGUCAAUAUAAUAAAUACUGUAAACUAUAUUUUUUGUGGCACUAACAAAUGUUUUGGAAGAUAACAAAUGUUGAUAGUUUACUCUUGUACUGUAUGAAUUACAAACAAUCUUUAUAAAUGGAAGUGUAUGAUUAUGUGGGAAUGUUAAACCAUGAUCCAUGUGAAUAUUUCUUCACGCGCAUUUCAUCAGACAACUGUAUAAAAUGCAUUUUUCAGUUUUGCCAAAUCUUUUCAAUUUACCUGCCAUAUUAAUAAUAGAGGAAGAAAUGACAAUUGCACUACUGUUCAAAAGUUUGGUGUUGGUAAGAUUUUUUUUUAAUGUUUUUGAAAGAAAUCUCACCAAGGCUGAAUUUAUUGGAUUAAAAAAAUACAACAAUUCUGAAAUAUUAUGUCAAAUUAUAAUAACUCUUUUCUAUUUGAAUAUAUUUUAAAAAAUAAUUUCUUCUUGUGAUGACAAAGCUGAAUUUUCAGCAUCAUUACUCUUCAGUGUCACAUGAUCCUUCAGAAAUCAUUCUAAUAUGCUGAUUUGCUGCUCAAGAAAUAUUUCUUAUUAUUAUCAAUGUUGAAAACAGUUGUGCUGCUUCAUAUUUUUGUGGAAACUAUGAUACAUUUUUUUGAGGAAUCUUUGAUGAAUGGAAAGUUCGAAAGAACAGUGUUUGUUUGAAAUCGAAAUUUUUUGUAAUGUAAGUUGUAACUUUUGAUUAAAUGCAUCUUGCUGAAUAAAAAUAUUAAUUUCUCUAAAAAAAUCGUACUAACCCUAAACUUUUGAAUGAUAGUGUAUGUGCAAUCAACACGAGGCAGCUCUGCAAUAAAAGCCUUGUUUACUAAAUAAAAUACAGUUCAGGUGAGUUAGAUUUAAACUGUAAUGCAUACUGGACUGUAUGUAGCAUCAUGUGAUUUUAUACUAAUGUUUUUAGCUCUAAUUCUUAGAAAAUUAAUUAAAUAAAUAUUUUAGCACCAUC